CUAUAAAAAAACUAUAAUAUAAUAUAAUAUAAUAUAAUAUAAAUGUUUAUCUGUCAGGUUUUGAAUCUCAUUCAUGAUUGUUUUAAUUGAGAGAAUAAAACCGGAAGUCUCGCGAGAACUGGCGGGAUCUGCUCCACCCGUGCGUGAGUCGAGUAGUGAUGAGCAGGGAGGUGUGCCUGCUCCGUGAUGAUGAUGAUGGUGAGGCGCCCUGCCUCACAUGAUCAGCUGCUCCUCCGCACAAACACCGACAGGAAGGAGGUCCGCUCCCGAACCCUCUGAGGACCACCGGAGUCCCACCAGAGCCCGGAACCGCACAGGCCGAACCCGCAGCCCGGAGAACCGCAGGAGCGACACGAACCCGGGGAGAUGCUGGGCUCCCMGUGAGUCCCGGCCGCCGGAGGAGGAGAGGGGAGGACCGGGGGGAGGCGGUCGAACAUGUCGUGAGCCGCGAACCUGUCAGCCGAAACGACACGCCGAGGAGGAGGAGGAGGAGGAGGAGGAGGAGGAGGCGAAGGAGGAGGAGGAGGUGGGGUGGUGGUCGAGAAGAUGUCCGCCUCGGUGGGGCCCCAGGGAGGCCCUCGCCCACCCGCCGCGCCGCCGUCCAUGCCGGACCUGCCGGACCUGAGCCACCUGACCGAGGAGGAGCGGGAGAUCAUCAUGGCCGUGAUGGCUCGGCAGAAGGAGGAGGAGGAGAAGGAGCAGGCCAUGCUGAAGACGCUCCACAAGCAGUUCGAGAGCUACAAACAGGAAGUGCGCCGCAUCGGGGUGGAGACGCGGCGGCAGCAGCAGACGCAGCAGAAGGACGACGCCCCCACCUGCGGAAUCUGCCGGAAGACCAAGUUCGCCGACGGCUGCGGCCACCUCUGCUCCUACUGCCAGACCAAGUUCUGCGCCCGCUGCGGGGGGCGGGUCUCCCUGCGCUCCAACAACGUGAUGUGGGUUUGCAACCUGUGCCGUAAGCAGCAGGAGAUCCUCACCAAAUCAGGAGAAUGGUUUUCGGGGUCGGGGGUCCGGCCCGGGAGCCUCGGCGCCUCCUUGAACGACCCGACCUCCAGAGGUGAGGCUCAGCGCGACAGGAAGCUGCUCCGCUCCAAAUCACAAGCCCCGCCCUCCAGCACCAACGUAACGCUGCCAGAAGGAACGCCGUCGCCCGCUGGAGUCACCGCUGCCAAAGGCGGCGACGCCAUGCCCGGAUCCCGCUCCCAAAGUGAACCCCCCAGAGAAAAGAAGAGGCCGGUUUCCCUCCAUGAACAGAACGGCAGAGGAGGGGCGGGGCAUGGCGGCGGUGGACGCAGACCWGCGGGGAAGCUCCAGUCCCACUCCUCCCUGGAGGAGCGCUCCAGUCUGGGAGACCGAGGAGAGAGGCGGUUCGGGAGCGGGCGGCGGCUGGAGAAGAUCAACUCUCAGGACUACGAGGACGGGAACGAGAACCUGGGUGGCUCGGAGGCGCGCCGGAGACGCCCGGAGGACGAGGAGCAGCGGGAGAGGCGGCGCCGCGAAGAGGAGUUCCAGAACCGCUAUCGGAGCGACCCCAAUCUGGCCAGGUACCCGGUGAAGCCGCAGAAGGAGGAGCAGGAGAUGCGCAUGCACGCCAAGGUGUCCAAGGUCCGGCACGAGCGGCGGCACAGCGACCUCGCCAUCAACGAGGUCGGGCUGGGACCCAACGACGGAGGGGGCGGGGCGGGUCAGGUGCCUGCAAACCGCCUGGGCAGGAGGAGUGGGGGUGGGGAGGGGGACCGCAAGGGUCUCCUCGUCAACCACCAGGCCUUCCCUGGUGACAGGACCGCGGGCGUGGGGGGCGGGGCGUCACCCGGUGGAGACGGAGGCAGAUCCGGUCCUCCUGAUCUGAACCAGAACAGCAGCCACCCAGAGUCCCGGACCCCGCGGGACAAAGGCGGGGACAGCCUCCUGAGGAAGGACUCCCAGAGCUCCGACCAGUCCGAGUCUCUGCGGCCGCCCCCCSCACGCUCCUACAAGAGCAAGCGUGGCGCCAACAAGAGGCAGAUGUCUAUCAGCAGCUCGGAGGAGGAGGGCGGCUCCACGCCCGAGUACACCAGCUGUGAGGACGUGGACAUGGAGAGCGUCAGCGAGAAAGGAGAUCUGGACUGUCAUCCUUUAGAUCCUGCCGUGUGGCACCACCCGGUGACGUGGCAGCCGUCCAAAGAGGGCGACCACCUGAUCGGACGCAUCACGCUGAGCAAGAGGUCGGCUCUGCCCCGCGAGGCCGGCUCCCUGCUGGGCCUGAAGGUGGUGGGAGGGAAGAUGACAGAAACAGGAAGACUCGGGGCGUUCAUCACCAAAGUGAAAAAAGGCAGCCUGGCAGACGUGGUGGGACACCUGCGUGCAGGUGACGAGGUGCUGCAGUGGAACAGGAAGUCUUUGCCCGGAGCAACCAAGAAAGAGGUCUACAACAUCAUCCUGGAGUCCAAGGCCGAGCCCCAAGUGGAGAUCGUAGUUUCACGACCCAUUUGCGACAUCCCAAGAAUCCCAGGCUCGCCUCACCCUCCGCUGGAGUCCACGGGUUCCAGUUCCUUCGAGUCCCAGAAGAUGGACCGUCCCUCCAUAUCGGUGAUGUCCCCCACCAGUCCUGGGACCCUGCGGGACCUUCCUCUGGAGCUGCCGGGACAGCUCUCUGUCAAGCUGUGGUACGACAAGGUGGGCCACCAGCUGAUCGUCAACGUCCUCCAAGCCUCAGACCUGCCCCCUCGACCGGACGGGCGGCCUCGGAACCCGUACGUCAAGAUGUACUUCCUGCCUGACCGCAGCGAUAAAAGCAAACGACGGACGAAGACCGUGAAGAAGAGCGCCGAGCCCAAGUGGAACCAGACCUUCAUCUACUCCCAYGUCCACCGGCGGGACUUCAGGGAGCGGAUGCUGGAGAUCACGGUCUGGGACCAGCCCCGGGUCCAGGAGGAGGAGAGCGAGUUUCUGGGGGAGAUGCAGAGCGCACCUCUCGGGACAGAGACCGGGGCAGCUCGUUGGCCGUCCCGGAGCAGCAGCGUCCCAUCCAGCACCGGUCCCGUUCAGUGUCUCCUCACAGAGAGGACUCCUGCCGGGCUCGGUCUCGCCCCGCCCAUGUGCCCAUGCAAAGGAGUCUGGAUGAGAUCCACCAGAACCACCACCACACCCACUUCCCCUCAGGGUACCACAAGCCCACCCUGGAGCACCAGCGCUCCGGGGACUCGGACUACGAGAACUCUGAGGACAGUGAAGUUCUGGAGACUCACAGGUCCAUUCGGGGCGGGAGUGCUGAGUGCCUGCACACCAACAGGAGCUUAGGUAGACACAACAACACGCUGCCCCCCAAAAUGCCCCUCUUAGUAAACGGUAUCCAUAAAGACAUUUACAGCUCCACCCUCCCCGCCUGUCUAAAAGGCAAGCCUCCCCACAGGAUGACGGCAGGCGGCACCUUGCCCUGCAGCAUCCUGUCGCACCGUGUGCUUAGGUUCACUGACGAGGUCGCCGUUAGCGACCUGCAGCCUUCGUUGGACCGGGUGAGGAGCGCCAGCACCACCUGUCUGAGACCGGACACCAACUUUCACUCCUACAGCAGAGACAGGUGCUCCAACUCUUUGGCCCCCCCCAGCCCUCGGAUCUUAGUAGAACACGUGUCACCUGAGGAAGACAGCCUGAGCUGUUCGAGAGGCAGGAAGAGCCUGGAGGGGGUCAGUCGAAUCCAGCCCACCUCUAUCCUGAGGGGCAGUAGAAGGAGAGGGGGUCCCCUGAGGCCCUUUGGCCAGAYGCUUCUGUCGGGGUCCUGCCCCAGCUCACCUCGACUGGACAGAGCGCACACACACGGCAGCCGCUCUCCCCCCUCGUCGGGUCGUCGGGGCCGACAGCUCCCGCAGCUUCCUGCGAAGAGCAGCAGCAUCGAACAAGCCUUGGCAGCAGACGAGCGAGCCCGGCAGCUGCCUGUGAAAGUCCAUCCCUACCGGCCUUCAGCRUCUCACGAUCCUCAGACCGACCUCAGGACCAAGCGGGAGAUGUUUGCGGAGCAGAGGCGCAGCAGCGACAACAUGUCGGCCCGCUCUUCGGACAGCGACAUGAGCGACGUGUCGGCUCUGUCCUGCGCCAGCAGCGCCUCCCGCCUCAGCAGCACCAGCUACAUGUCCAUCCAGUCGGAGCGGCCCGGGGGACGGCUCAGGACCAGGUCGUUAGAGGAGGAAAAGAAGGACAGGAGGAUCUCCUGGGGAACCAACGGCGAGGAAGAGGAGGAGGAGAAGAGGAAGGUGGGGGACAAGAGACGCUUCUCUGAUGAGUUGAAGCGCAGGAGACACACUGUGGCCGGAGACACCGGAGAGUCCAGGUACCCUGAAGGUCCACCAUGUCUAAAAACUGUCCCUCUGUUCCACACGGUCCUGAAGGUCCAMCAUGUCUAAAAACUGUCCCUCUGUUCCACACGGUCCUGAAGGUCCAMCAUGUCUAAAAACUGUCCCUCUGUUCCACACGGUCCUGAAGGUCCAACAUGUCUAAAAACUGUCCCUCUGUUCCACACGGUCCUGAAGGUCCAACAUGUCUAAAAACUGUCCCUCUGUUCCACACGGUCCUGAAGGUCCAMCAUGUCUAAAAACUGUCCCUCUGUUCCACACGGUCCUGAAGGUCCAACAUGUCUAAAAACUGUCCCUCUGUUCCACACGGUCCUGAAGGUCCAACAUAUCUGUCUCUUAAAUUAAAAAUGUCUUUAAACCUAAACUAAUCUCCACAAACUUCAAUUUUAACCUUUCAAAAUAAAAGCACAGACUCCCAGAGCAGCUUUUCAGAUAAAGCCAGUUGAUUCAUCAGAAGAAACUCUCCUGAGAGCAGAGAAGACUUUCCAUCUCUUGGAUCCAGUUUGCGUCAGAGUGAGGGACCUGUGUGACCUCCUGAUGUGAACGUCUUCAGACCGUCGAGUUUUAGACUGAAAACAUUCAGAAAAAACAAACUGAUGGAGUMAGAAAAACAUGUCGGAGCCAGAGGGAGUCAAAGGUUGUUGAAUAAAAUAAAACACUGAUCAGUUUGUCUCAAAGAUCUUUUAAACUCUUUCCAGGURAUUUGUGGUAAUUUACAAUAAUCCAGCUCCCUGCAGCUUUUMUUACGACAUGUUUUCCUUUUAUUCCAGGUGUCGCUGUGUAAACUGUUUGUAAAGUUUGUAUUCAUAUGUGUUUGCAUGUCUCAGAUCCCUCCUUGCAUGCCUCUUGUGCCAUGACCACCUGAACCCCCUCCACCCUUCAGACCUGGAUCUUCCUCCUCCUGCAGGGACCUGCAGGAGGAGGAAGAUCCUCCGAAACACCAGGGGGCAGCGUCAGUUUCUGUGCAGCUUCUGCUCACGUGUGGCGGCUCGUCUGAGGAGUAUUAACCUUCGUUCAAACUUUAACUUCUGACAGAGUUCCUGCAGAUCCUUAAAAAGUCUUAAAAGGCCUUGAAUUUGUCGGUCCAAUCAUAAGGCCUUAAUUAGC